CAAGACAAGUCAAGUCAAGGCAAACAGCUAAAGAAGAGAUACAAAGGGAGUAUUCAAAUUCUGCUUUAUAGGCCCAUUCCAAAAAUAUCCACUUGGUAUUUGAUUAAGUCCACCACCAACGCUAGCAUCUGAUAUGGAUUCACCGCCAAUCUUCCAAAACACCAUCCUCACCACUCCACCUCUACUUCAACAAGAUACAAUUACUAGCCAUCUAAAUAAGAGCAAGAAAUUCAAUUGGGUUGGUUGGUUUGAGUAUGAAAAAAGAAGCAGAGGGGACAUAUGGGUCAGAUGGGUUUCAAGUGGAAUUUGGAUAGAGUUUGUGUCUGAGAAUGGAAAAGGAUAAUCCCAACCCAACACAACCCAUAAAAAGGGAAUUCCGGAAAAUCCCAACAAGAAUGGAAAGGGAUCAAGAAUCAUACGAUAGUAAAUUCGUAUUGGAGAAAGCAAGUGCGUACGCAUAUAUCCCCACGCUUUGUACCAUCCACAAUACUUUCCUGUUUACCCUAGUCGUGUUAAAUGGUUUCGAUGCUUUGUGCUUGUCUGCUACACGGUCGAAAAUUUUCCAGAUUUUUCUUCAUAGGGUGGCGUUAUUGAGGGAAUUGGGUUGGUGGGUUGUGGGCUGUUUCUUCAAUUGGUUGGUGGGACUUGUGAAUUUGGUUAGUUUUCAUUCAUACAUAGGAGAUAAUUUAUUUGAGGGUAUGCAGCAAUUUUAGGGUUCUGAUUGAUUAGUUAAGAGUGGUGGGUCGGUUUGAAUGAUGUUCCAUGUUCAAGCUGCUUCAAGAAAUCACUGUGCUCUCCUCGCAGUUGUGUGCGGCAAAAUCCCUGUUUCUGAGGAUCAACAACAGCACCCAUAUCCCUUCCCGGAACUUGUUUCUUCCGGCCGCCUUGAGGUUCAGAUUCUGAAAAAUCCUAGUAUCCAUGAGUUUCAACGGUCACUUGAAUCGUUGGAGCCAAAUUUCCUUUACUUGCAAGGGGAGCAGCUUCCGGGUAGUGAAGAAAUAGGAUCUCUGACACGGGGAGGGGUGGACUUGUCCUCUGCAGAGGCGUUAGUUGAACUCUUUGGUCCCACAUUGCCCACAACUGUUUAUCUAGAGACCCCAAAUGGUGAAAAAUUAGCAAAGGCACUUCAUUCUAAGGGUGUUUCUUAUGUAAUAUAUUGGAAAAAUGCAUUUUCUUGCUAUGCAGCUUGUCAUUUUCGUCAAGCACUGUUCUCUGUGGUGCAAAGUUCAUGCAGCCAUACGUGGGAUGCAUUCCAGCUUGCCCAUGCAUCCUUUAGGCUCUAUUGUGUGCAAAACAACACUGUACCUUCCAACAACCAGAAAGUUAGUGGUAAGCUUGGACCCUGCCUUCUUGGAGACCCUCCCAAGAUUAAUGUUGUUCCUCCUGAGGUUGACGAGGAGGAAAGCUUGCCUGAAACUCUUCCUGUUAUAAAGAUAUAUGAUGCUGAUGUGAGCAUGAGGUUUCUUGUUUGUGGAGCACCAAGCACAUCGGAUGCAUGUUUACUGGGAUCUUUGGAGGAUGGCCUCAAUGCCCUCCUGUGCAUUGAAAUUCGCGGGAGUAAACUUCAUAAUCGUGUGAGUGCUCCACCACCACCUCUACAAGCAGGGACAUUUUCUCGUGGCGUAGUGACCAUGCGAUGCGACUUAUCAACCUGUAGUUCUGCCCAUAUAUCACUUUUAGUGUCUGGUAGUGCCCAGACUUGUUUAAAUGAUCAGCUGUUGGAGAGUUAUAUCAAGAAUGAGCUUAUUGAGAAGAGUCAGUUAGUCCAUGCAGUACCCAGCUGUGAGGAAAGCAAAUUGUCUUCAUCUGAGCCUCGGAGGUCUGCAUCAAUAGCUUGUGGGGCUAGUGUAUUUGAAGUUCGUAUGAAGGUUCCAACAUGGGCUUCACAGGUUUUGAGGCAGCUAGCACCAGAUGUAUCUUAUCGCAGCUUAGUCACCCUGGGAAUAGCUAGCAUUCAAGGUUUAUCUGUUGCUUCCUUUGAAAAAGAUGAUGCUGACCGCCUCCUCUUCUUUUGUACAAGGCAUGCCAAACAACUCAAUCAAAACAAUUCUAUUCUUCCUAGGCCUCCUAGCUGGUUAAUAGCUCCUCCAGCUAGUCGGAAAAGGUCUGAGCCAUGCCAUGAAACCAAACCAUCUGGAUAUAAAGUCUUGGGAGGUGUAAAUGGAGGUGUUCUUCGACAGAAACCAAAGAUUGCUGCAAUGAGGCCAAUUCCCCACACUCGCAAUCAUAAAAUGCUGCCUUUUUCUGGAAUUUCUGAGGCCAGCAGGUGUGAUGGAGACCAAGCAAAGGGUAACUUGUCAGUUGUUCCAGCAAAGCACAAUGGCACCACACCUGUCGCACAUCGCAAAUUGUUGUCAAGCUCUUUCCAGGCCCAGCAGAUUAUUUCUUUGAACCCUCUACCUCUAAAGAAGCACGGUUGUGGCAGAUCACCAAUUCAGAUUUGCUCAGAAGAGGAAUUUCUCAGGGAUGUAAUGCAAUUUUUGAUUCUCCGAGGGCAUACCCGCCUUGUCCCUCAAGGGGGGCUGGCUGAAUUCCCUGAUGCUAUACUUAAUGCAAAACGCCUUGACCUUUACAACUUGUAUAGAGAGGUGGUUUCAAGGGGAGGCUUCCAUGUAGGGAAUGGCAUCAACUGGAAAGGACAAGUUUUCUCAAAGAUGCGAAAUCACACAUUGACCAAUAGAAUGACAGGUGUUGGGAAUACUCUAAAAAGACAUUAUGAAACCUAUCUUUUAGAAUAUGAAUUAGCCCAUGAUGAUGUAGAUGGGGAAUGCUGCUUGUUGUGUCACAGUAGUGCAGCAGGUGACUGGGUGAAUUGUGGAAUAUGUGGUGAAUGGGCUCAUUUUGGUUGUGAUCGGCGCCAGGGUCUUGGUGCCUUCAAGGACUAUGCAAAAACAGAUGGGCUGGAAUACAUUUGUCCCCACUGCAGCAUAACAAAUUUCCAGAAGAAGUCUCAGAAAACUGCAAACGGAUAUUAGCAAGUCUUGACCGUCCUACGAGCUAGUUUUUUUCCCCUUUUUUUGCUUCUUUUUUUAUGCAUAAAAGAGAGGCAGGGUUAGGAUUGCAUUAUUGUACUGGACUACCAUUGUUGUUCUUUUAUCAUAGCUCUUAACAAAAGGGGGAAAACAGCCCCCAAUCUAUGUAUUAAAGAGGAAAUGAUGAGUAAAAUUAAUUGUAGAAGUCUUUUUAGCAUUUUUCACUCAAUUUAACUGGGUGGUUCUGUCAAAGGUUAUGUAAAAGUCUUUUUAGCCUUCAA